CUGGACAAUGGCAAUGCACGAUUAGAUGGAACUUCAUCAACCCAUAUUGCGCCGCGUACUGGAUCGCAAAUUCUCGGUAGAAGAAGCCCUCUGCCGCGUGGCGCUCACGGUUCCUACAAGAUUCAGAUCGUCUGCAAAGAAUCCCAGACGCUUGGCUGUCUGCAUCUCACAGCACCUCACACCCAACUCGCUUCAACGCAUACCACGCCUCGAGACCACCCGCGAUGUACCUAUCAACGCUUCUCACGACUAUUCUCUUUGCUACCACCGCUCUCGCAACACCUUACCCGUGGGCUGCACCACAAGCCAGCAUCGUCCCUGCACCCAGCGGAACGCGCAAGCACAACCGCACGCAUAGGCACAGGCACAAAGAACCGACACCGACAUUCAAAGAGCCAUGCAAAUGCGCUAUGCCGGUUGUGCCGAUGAACUUGCUCAGCGCGAAUGAGAAGUGCUUAAUGAAACAUGCUGCUGAGAUGGGCUGCUAUAUGAGCUCAAACGGCGGAUGUCCGUCGCCGGCGCCUGCUUGUGGACUUGGGCCGCUGCCGGGUAUUCCAAUGCAGUAGACGGCGAUGCAAGGAGGUGAUGUACAGUAUUCAUCGGAUAUUCUUAUAAGUUGAGUGCUAUAGAUAUGACGCCUUGCCGACGACGCAUAAAAUUU